CAUACUGCAGACCAAGAGACCACAGAUCGAAUCCGAGAGGGGAAACACUGCUUGGAUAGAAGUGCCUGACUUGUCUUUCAGGCAGAGAAAGCGACUCGCAAACAGUGGUCCCGGUGCAGAGCCAGAUUUGGUGAAUUGCUUUGUCCAGCAUCUAUCAAGUCGCUCAGUCCCAACUUUCGCUAAAACCCAAGUUCCACCCCUCCAAUUCAGUCUUUCAAGCUUUCCUUCCCUUCCCCUGGAUCGCUCAAAUCGACUCUCUCCUGCUUCCUUUUCCUCUUUUUUCCCUUUUCUUUCCCUUUUCUCUGUCCGUCUCGCUCUGCUGCUUGUUCAUUCUCCAUUCUCCCCUUUCUUUUACCGGCUCCCUGCUGCUUGCUCCACCCCUCUGCAAACUCUCUCAGGGACACCGAUUCGAGCCUCCACGACAGCUACCUCCAGCGAAACGCAGAUUUUCAUCUGAGGUGAUCGCUAGAGGUAGUUUUCAACCUGUGGUGACUGUACCUGCCCGUCUCUGUCCAUAAACCAGCACUUUCUCCUCCAAGGUUCGCGUCAACCGGAAACCAUAGAACCCCUUCAGACACCUCCGCAGGCGCCUCCCCCGUAAUAUGGCAUCGACGUCAGAAGUGCAUAGUUCUUCCCCGGUUCCGACUCUGCCUCAGCCGAACGAAACCAACCGUGCCCAUAUGUCCUCGCUCUCGUCAUCCUCUUCCAUAUCCGACGCGGAGACCGAACGCAGGGGCCGCCCUGAACGUCCCCGUAUGGCCAGUCGCAAACCUAGCGCCUCAAUACUGGUGCCUCGGGAUCACCCCGAAAUCGAAAUCGAGGAGGAGGAGUUCCCGCCCGACGACGCGCGAGCCAUGAGCCCGCGCCGCAAUUCGGCGGAUUUGGAGCGACUGGGAAAGGAGGCCAGACAGACCCUCCAGGAACAAGCCAAGGCCCUCCAGUCGUCUCUCCAAGCUCUAGCGGAACGAAUUGAUGCAGUGAAAACCGACCACGACAAACUCGAGAACGAGAACAGAUUCUUGCAGGAUUACAUUGGGGGCUUAACACGUAAUAUGAAGAGCGAGAUGUCGAAGAGUUCUAAAGUCAAGAAGUCGCACAAAUAGGACGGCCGCGACGUCCCCUUCCCGACUCAGAUUCAGAACGGUCGGGACUCUUUUUCGCUUUAAGUUCGCGAAAAGAUCGAAUCGCUUUCAUGCUAUAUCAUCGCGCAUUCUUCCCCUGGUACUAGGGCGGGCUUUUACGUGGCCAUUCAUCAUAUUUUCAGAUCGGACAGUCCACAAGUCGAUGAACAUUAUUCAGCACUACUCUGGUGAAGCUUGGAAAUCGAGACCUAAGCCGUCGAUGACUUGCAAAGAGGCAGCAUUCGCGAGAUCAACCAUAUCGCUCAUCUACGACUGUGC